AUGUCCCAGGGGGAAGCUGUGCCUCGGCCAUCCUCCCCGUCGUCAACAGAGAGGGCAACGAACGUCAGCAGCACGUCGCCCACGUCGUGUCGGACCCGGAUGUAUGUCGAUGAUCCAGGCACUCGGCAGCCAUACCACGACCCGAGGGGCAGAGCAGCCGUGACCGAAGUCGACGCAAAACGCCAGCAGCUUCGCGGGCCCAAGAGUUCGGAUACUCACGACACUAUCGGGAAUUUUGACGGCCCUCAACGGGGGAUGGCCACGUCUGGGCCACCGCCUGCGUCUAUUUCACUAGCCUGCGCUCUUCCUGGCGAGCCGACAGCGUCUUCCUCGAUCAUGGCGAGGAGUCCGUACGGUGCGGCAGAAGGCUCGCCCUCCCGUCGGUUUGUGUAUCAGCCUUCUUCGAUCACUGCCACAUCGCAGUCCAAUCCGUCGACCACGGCUGCGACAUCACCUCCGGGUCCGCAACGGAUGUCCGUCGAUCACCCUCCUCAGCAAUCCAGCCCGCCCGCUUCUCAUCCAUACGCUAUCUCCGCACGUCAGAUUCUGACGCCUAAAUCACCGAGAGCCUCUCUUCUGGGCCGGUCGGCCUUGAGACCGCUCGAACCUCCAGCCAUUCCUGCAAGCAAUCUGGCAAGUUCUGCUGUGUCAAGGGGUUCCGUUACAGCUCCGGAAUACCACGCUCAAUCGGGCUAUAUAGCAGCUCCUUCAGCAGCUCCGACACAAUAUGCACCUCCUCCUUCUCAAGGACACCAAAGCAUCGCGCCGGCGCCAGCGCCUGUUCGAGCAUCUGCUGAUCCAGUACGACCCAGCACCAGCUACGGGUACUACCAGUCUGGGACAUACACGGAGCCGUUGCGGACGGCGGGGGUGAAGCGUGAACAUAGCGGCCAGCCAAUAUAUACGAAUAGUCCAUAUACUACUACCCCCUCUUCGCUCUCAGUCAACCGUACGUACAGCGCGCCAGCUGCUUUUGGCGAGACCAAGCACUGGGACCCGACAGGUAUCCUUAACCCAGCAACGGUGGCCAAAUCCGACGCCUUGAAGAAGCUCGCAAUCGAAGGAGGGCAGCCAGUUCUGGCCCUUAAGCCACAAGAUGGAGAGGAGAUCCUCGUCCCGGUCGAUCUACAUGGAGGGUCAAAGAUACAGGAUGAGAAGAGGCAACGCAACGCUGGGGCAUCGGCACGGUUUAGGCAGCGUAAAAAGGAAAGGGAGAAAGAUUUGGCCGAGAUGAACACGAGGAUGGCCGAGCACAUCCGGGAGCUAGAGAGCAGAUACAACGAGUUGUUGAAGCACUGCAACGAUCUGGCAGCGGACAGGGAGUUCUACCGCAAUGAACGCAAUCGCCUGCGGGAACUUGUCUUGCGAACGCCGAGCAUCAAGGAGUGGGCUGAACGGGCACCGCCCAGCCCCCCUCAGCGGCCGGCGCCGCCGCCUUACACACUGGAUAGCAGUGCUUUCUACCCUCCUACGACGUCGAGCCCCCCAUCCCCGAACUCUCACCCCCCAUCGUCCCAGACGCAGCCGGCUGUGUACCCGCAACCGACGCACCCCCGUUCAGUCUCCUACCCAGACACUUCUGUCCGCGAGCCCCCAGCCCGUCGUCGCCGGACCGACUCGGAGCCGACCCUUCCCAGUACUUCAUACGCCUCGAUGGCCCCUACUUCCGCUCUUCCCCCUUACUUGUCCGCAACCUCUACUACCUGCCCGACAACCCAAGCACUCCAUCAUUCUAUGCCUCCUCCUCCUCCCCAACCCCAGGCGCACCAGACACCCUACACCAUGUCUCCUGGCCCCUCGCCACACAUCACCCCGCCCCCGGGCCCUCCACGUCUCCCCCCUCUGCGCUUUGAACAUUCCCAGGCCCAACCUCCCGCCCAGCAAUCAGGGCCCGCACCUGCUCCUGUGCCUAGCGGUCCCCGUACGCCCUCGGCAACUCCUCCGCCAGUCGCGAGUGCCCUGCCUGCACCGCAACCGCAUCCUUAUCCACAGGCUCAAGCACAUGGACAGCAAUCUCAGAGUCAACCGAGUGGUGGAUACCAGGAGCCGUAUCAGCAAAGCUCGUCGUCGUACCAGAGUGGGCAGGGGGCCACUAGAACAAGUAGUCCGUUCCGAGCAGGAUACACGACGACCAAAGCGCCGUAUGAGACAGGUUGGGCAACGGAGCCACCGCCGGUUAGGCAUGCGCCGCCGCCGAUGCCUCCUUCGACGGGGUCAGAGUCGAAUGGGAGGUAA